CCCUUGUAUCGCGUUAGUUAACUUAGUUUGUAAAAUAUUCAAAAUGGAAGAAAUAGGAAUUAUUUCUCAGGUAAGAAAUGAAAGUUUUUUAUAAUAUAGCCUCUCUAUUGUUUGUUUUGUAUCUAUAAUAUAUGAAAUAUACCACUAUUGGUCUAAAAUUAUUCAAUAAAGAUUAAAUUUGCCCAUGUUAUUCUUGAAGUUGUGUCUAAUUUUCCCUUUCAAGUUUCAACAAAAGGGAAAACACACUAUAACUACAGCACUCUUUAACCCAGUUAUUUUACGAUUUUGUAGCCCCAACAAUAGGGUGAGGUCGUUAAUCAAUAAGGGGCCACGUCCAUAUUCAUGUUGCCACUAGAAGUAAUCGACAUUAUAUCACCCACCCCAGAUAACGUUGAUUGAUAUUCAGUUGUAUUUUGACUGCUAAACUCACAAUUAUUGUACUUUACUACCGUCAUUGGCUGGGAUUGUAUUUUGAUACAAUAUUUAAACAAUAAACGAUAUUCGGAUACUGGGAUGGUUACUUUGGACAUUAAUUAAUUGUCAAAUAACUCAAAUUGCCACAAGAUAACGUUGAUAAGUUCACAUAAAAACCCACCUACCCCAGACUGGAAAGUUUGGAAAUUGCGUGCCGGAGAUUUCGAAAAUUUAAUAGUAAAUAUAUAGAAAGCAUCAAAAUUGCGCGCCGGAGAUAUCCGCUGCGCGAUACAAACUUUUCACACUGGCACCUACCCACUCAUAAUGUCGAUUCAACGUUAUUUGUGGCAACAUGAAUAUGGACGUGGCCCCAAACCAGAAAAAAAGAUGUUUUUUAAAACCGAUUUAACCAAUAUUGUUAUCAUAGGUCUCCCUCAAAAAGGUAGCGUUGCAUCAUUUAUAUUAUUUCCCGAAGGUUGGCAAGAAAAUAUAUUGGGGAUAACGGUUGCCGUCACAAGAUAAAGCUCUUUGAUUGGCUGGCUGAAGGCUGUCUGGAAUUUUGGCCAAUCAAAGAGCUUUAUUUUGUGACGUUCGGAUGGCAGCUGUCAUCCCGCAUAGUUUGAAAAGAUUGACUAAAUAAUUCACUUGUUUUAAUUAAUGUGGUGAAAGAACAAAAUAAAUACAAUGUAGGAGUGUUAUGUUUUGUCUGACCAUGAGUUAAAUUAUUUUUUAAAUGAAUUUCAAUGUUUAUGUAUGAGUUUUCUGUCUUUAGUUUUUGUAAAAAAACAUUGAAAUUUCCUAUAAAUUUUUUUCACUGGAUUUACUUACAUGACACAGAAUAGUACUUACAACUUAACUAGCUUGUGUAAAAGUGCAUACGUAAAUGUGUUCAGGAAACAAAAAGAGCACCUUCGAUGUUAACCCAUUAAGCGCCAGCGCUCUCCCCUACACGAGUAAAAUUGUCUGGCGUUACACAGAGUAAAAUACUAAAGUAGGGUGAGUCAGGGUGCAAUGCGACUCAAUGGGUUAACUAGACACACAGCAGAUAGGCCAGUUGACCCAUUAAGCGCCAGUGCUCUCCCCUUGACGAGUAAAAUCGUCUGGCGUUAGACAGAGUAAAAUACUAAAGUAGGGUGCAUCAGGGUACAAUGCGACUCAAUGGAUUAAUACAGUAUUUACAGCAACAUUAGCUUGUAGAAAUAGCACUCAGAAAUGCAUUUUUUCCAUUUCUCAUGUGGAAUUGCCCAACAGUAAUACCAAUUAAUAUUAAUAUGUUAAUUUUGUCAGUGUACAAGGAAAGAGCUGUACAGGUGCAAUAGCUAGAAACAGUGAAUCAAAACAAACCAGACAAGAACCAUUAAGAACCAGACAUUACAAGUUUGACCUUUCACGCUAGAAAAGCAGUUCACUUCUGGACCAAUAGGAUUACAGAAUUACACAGUGUUUUACUUUUAGUCUUGAAAAGGUUUCAUGCAUCAAGGUUAAUAGAUUAAUCCUAUUACUAUUAACCGUGCAUGCAUGGACCAAUCAAAUUAAAAUAUCAAGAACUGAUUUCCGUUUUUAGCCAAUCACCUAGGUUGUUUCAAACAAGGCUGUCAACAGCUUGUAAUUUUCACAUGUCAAUACUGUUUCCUCCCAUAUGCCAUGCCUUAUGUCUGUUCACAGGUAAUAUUGUCUGGUGUUUUAUUUAACUGAGUAGCAAGAACUAUAAACCCUUGGUGUAAUAACCAAAAGAGUAUUUAAAGAGUAAACAUUUCGCACAUUUCAUUUAUUACCUCUUGACAUGCAUGGUGUUUCCCAUUUUCUGACCCCAAGUUCAGUGGUCAGGCGUAAAAAAAAAUACCUGUGGUUCCGGUUUCAUAUCGUGAAAAAAUUAGGGUCGGUAGGUCGGAAAUAAAUUUUUUUUUUAAAUAUUUUUUUUCAUGGUUUUGGUGUUUUUUUUGCUGGUCGAUUUUCAGUAGAGUCCCGACAUCAAUAUUAACUAGAGAUGCGUAUUUCCUAUGGACGAAUGUAGGCAAUUUGGUUCAAUAAUUAGUGUGACAAUUAACAGACUGGCUUUUGGCACGCUGUAUGAGCAGCCUGCAACCACCUGGAGAAAAUAGGGUCGCACAGUCAAUCGUGUUGAAAAAAUAAUAGGGUCGGCAGAAAGAAAAUAGGGUCGGUCGGGAACCGGAACCACAGGUAUUUUUUUUUUACGCCUCAGUUGGACACUUUGUGAAAUAUUAAGGGGGCUCAUGCUGAGGGAACAAGAAUUUUAGCGGGUUCAGGGGACAUGCCCCCUGGAAAAUUUUUAAAAUUUGAAUCUUGGAAAUGGCAUUUGCAGCAUUCUGAGAGCACAUUUUGUAAAAAACUAGGUUUUCCAAACACUGUUUUAAUGGUGCAUAUGGUUAAAAUCCAUGCUAAGCAUAGAAAACCAAUAUUUCAGAGAAAAUAUUUACAUGAUUAUUUACAUUUGUGAAUGGAAUUGCAAGGUGGUUUAAUUUAAUUAACACGCCAAUGACAAUGUAAAACUUUAUUUGCUAAGUGAGUGAAAUUUAUUCGCUACGCACGCUUUUGUUUCGUUAACAUAAAACCACAAAUUGGAAUGUCAAUUCAAUUAUCCAUUGUUUUUUCAGCAUGAUAGUUUAAUACGCAUUCAAAUAUUAUCAUGCAGCAGGAAAUUUCGCCGCUAAACAAUAGUAUAAGCUUUAAAAACAACAAAAAAUUGACAAUGACAUUUAAAGAAGUGCUUAUUGCAAAAAGUUGACCCCCUAGUGUCCGUCAAAAGGAGUGUAUAAAAUGUGUAUGUUGUGACAUGUACAGCACAGAAACAUAUAUUAUGUUUGCGAUGUUACUCUGAGUGCAUAUCCACACCGGGCGAGCUUGAAAAAUAUGCCCGGCCACGGUGGGAUUCAAGCUCGCCCGGUGUGGAUAUGCACUCAGAGUAACAUCGCAAACAUAAUAUUCACCUGAGUACACAACACCACCACAGAAAAAUUGAAACAUAUAUUAUUAUAUUGUUUGGUAUAUUGCUUGUACUUUUUUCGCUUACGUUUUAUCAAAUAGUUAUUAUUUAAUAUGACAAUUAGCCUUUUCCCAAAAGAGAUCACAGUGAAUUCUGGGAUCGUUUGGAGGGACAAAAUAUAUGGUGACAGGCAUCAAAUAUGUGAAAGAGUAGAAGUAUCUACUAUCAAAUAUCAACUUUUUAGACGACCAAAAAUAAAAUAUCAACUUUUUACAUUAAACAUUUAAUUUAAAUGUGUGCUGCCAUAUUUCUUGUCCCUCCAACAUGGGAUUGGUCGGCGUUAGAUCAUAUCGAACUAACGUACCAGUAAGUAUAAUAAAAGAUGUGAUCUUGAAAUGAAACUGAACGAGAUUGGCUAAAAAUCAUUUUUAUAUAUUAAUGAAAUUAAAUUAAGUGUUGUGGUACAGUGGUGUAAUUUUUGACAAGCCAAUAAACCUAAUAAUUUUAAUAAAUGGUAUAGAAUGUGCGAGAACCCAAUUUCCUUGCAUAUGAACCACACCCCUCCCACCCCCCUUGAAUUUUCUGUGUCUCAUUAUGAUGAGAUUAUACUAGAUUAUGAUAUACUAUAUGUAUAGGUAUACUAUUGUAUGGUUUUGAGUGCAAUUUGGGAAAAAAACAUGCAUGAGUGAGUUUUUCAAAGACGAUCAAAAUUGCACAAGUCCGAAGGACGAGUGCAAUUUGAAGUGAAAAUUUGAAAACUCACGCAAUUUGAAAACUCGCGAGUAUACUACUUACUAAACUCACUAUACUAAAAUUAUGCAGUCAUGUCGAUGCGUAGGUCACGUGCGAAAUAAACAAUUUUAUUAGAAAAUUUUGUCACUCGUAAUGUUCGUUUUUUUUUAUUAUUUUCACUUUUUGCACUGACACUGUAUUUCACUUUUUGGCACUGUAUUUCGAAAAAAUUGCACUGCUCUUAGCCAAUCAGAAUUGAGAAAUUUUUUCACGUAUAUUAUUAAAACUUCUAAAUGUGCAGGAGGAAAAUUUCAAUAAGGGCAAUUUGCCCGGCAGUGCAGCUACCACAGAGAUAGACGUUGAUGAUCUGUAUGCCAAAUACAAGAAGCUUCAAAAACAACUGGAAUUUCUUGAAGUACAAGAAGAGUAUAUAAAAGAUGAACAAAGAAAUUUAAAGCGGGAAUUACUGCAUGCCCAAGAAGAAGUCAAAAGAAUUCAGUCCGUACCUUUGGUGAUUGGACAGUUUCUUGAAGCUGUAGAUCAAAAUACAGGCAUUGUUGGAUCUACUACUGGUGGGUAACCAACAUUUUCACAAUAAAACGUAUACAGUAUAUUAUAAACUGUAUAUUAUGAUGUAUCGCAAUACCAAAACAUGCAAGGCGUAUGUUUUUCUUUGAUAUCAAGGAACUCAAUAUUUUGAAUUACAAAUUGAUAACAAUUGCUAGCGCCAUAUUCGUCAUUUUAAAUGACGUUUUUCCUGUGCAAAGCUAGGACCACGUAAAAUAUGCUCGGUCUGAAACGAUUUCAACCUACAAGGGAGCACGUAAAACGUCACAAAACGAUCUAAAACCACUCACAACCAUUCAAAUCAAUUCAAAACGCCCUAAAAUUACGUAAAUGGUAAUUUUCCCCCUAUAUUUAGUGGUUGCGAGGUUACAUUUUAGUUGGUUUUGAUCGUCUGGUGCGAUUUUAGAUGGGUUUAAUCGCUAAAUUGUAUAUAUAAACUUUGCAAAUAUCCGUAUGCGGCUUUAACGUAAAGCAGUCAUAUAACUGAUCGAUUUGGUGCACCUACUCUGUCCUACUGAAGUACUUUUAAGUUUUAUUUUCACACAGUACUGUAUGAAAAUAAAACUUAAAUUUUAAUUUAAAAGUACUUAAAGUACUAUAAUUAUAGUAAUUACUAUAAACUUAAAAGUACUAUAAACUUAAAGUAUAUAUAAACUAUAUAUAAACUUAAAAGUACUAUAAUUGUAGUAAUUGUACUUAAAAGUACUAUAAUUAUGGUAGUCAGUUAUGUUCAUUUCAGACUUUAAAUUGGUUAUAUCUAGAACAUUUUAUACGUCUGUUUUAUUAGGUUCUAAUUACUAUGUUCGUAUCCUGAGUACUAUUGAUCGUGAAUUACUCAAACCAAGUGCUUCAGUUGCUUUACACAAGCAUUCCAAUGCCUUGGUUGAUGUUCUUCCACCUGAAUCAGACAGCAGCAUCGCUAUGCUUGGUGCAGAUGAGAAACCUGAUAUAUGCUACUCAGAUAUUGGUGGUAUGGACGUACAGAAACAGGAAAUACGUGAAGCAGUUGAGUUACCUUUAACGCAUUUUGAGCUCUACAAACAGAUAGGCAUCGAUCCGCCCAGAGGCGUUUUAUUGUUCGGACCCCCUGGUUGUGGAAAGACGAUGUUAGCAAAAGCAGUUGCUCACAAUACAACUGCUGCGUUCAUUCGUGUUGUUGGCUCAGAAUUUGUUCAGAAAUAUCUCGGAGAAGGUCCUAGAAUGGUACGAGAUGUGUUCAGGCUGGCAAAAGAAAACGCUCCUGCUAUAAUUUUUAUCGACGAAAUUGACGCCAUUGCUACUAAACGUUUUGAUGCACAGACAGGAGGUAGGUACCAUAAUUUUAAAAGAGUAGUACAACUAGACGUUACUAUCGCAAGAAAAGUGCUGCCUCACUCCCAAGGGAUCAAAGACAGUAUGCGCAAUUUGCUGAAUACUCCCUGUUUAUAUCAUCCCGCUUUGCCAGUACGAGUUGUGAGGCGGGGUUAUUUUGAUAUAUUCAAAUAAGUUACGGUGCACGAUUGAGCAAAAAACCGUAUUAUUUUCUAGACUAUUAUAGUUGACUGUAAACGAAAGGUUGUUCAAGCAGCAAUAAUAAUCGUCUUGAACUACAAGAUCUUCUCUACAACAUUUGAGUUCUGUUAACCAGCAUUUGAACUUUCGUUUAGCCUAGUGACUUAUUUCAAUACAUCAAAAUCAUCCCGGCUUCCAUCAUGUAAACAGCCCACAAAGUCGAACGUCAGCUAAAUAUUCUAAUUCUACUUUCUUGGCAUGGGCGCGGUUUUAUAUGAACAGCUUCAAUGCUUAUAAUUUCUUAAUAGGUUUUGUUUGUGGAAACACCACGUAAAUUUAUUACUGCAGUAAUGCAGUAAUAAAUUUACGUGGUGUUUCCACAAACAAAACCUAUUAUAUUUUAUCACCAUGCAAACAUACAAAGAACUUAUUAUAAUUUCUUGUUUUUGUAUGUAUAAUUAUAAUACUGUCAGUGGCGAAGCUAGCCGUAGCAACAAGUUAUGCUGUGCAUGCAAGUUUGUAAUGAUUUGCAAUAUUCAAAUAGAUGGAGGUUUUACUCAGUCAGAACUGCAAAACUAUAUAUAAUAAGAAAGAAAUUGUGAGCAUUAUCGAAAAAUAUAGUAUACCCUGAAAUGUAGUGACAAUGUAGCCCGGUAGGAUUAUUUCAUAUUAUGCUAACAAUGGACAUAUCUCGGGGAUAUAUAAACAGACCGUCAUACCUUGUACAAAAGUCGUAAGCUAAUAUGUGCAGACAACUGACAAUCCACACUGGGCUGCCAUAGCAAUCUUAUUAAGCCCCCGAUUAUUAAUUAAGACGUGCAUACACAACAUUCUGCCUUUUUUUUGCGUGCAUACAUAGCUAAAAUAAAAAUAUAUUUGUCGAUCGUUUGCAUCGUGAAAAUCCAACAUACUGUGUUGGAUUUUCACGAUGCAAACGAUCGACAAAUGAACAUACUCGUUCUGAAAUCCUGAGAAGAAUCAUGCGUGCGCAAUACAAAAUAAAGUUUGAACGCGCCCCUCGUUUAAAAAACUUCCUGAAGCUUAAUUAUUUCCCCGGAAUUACGACGUCCAGACAGACACGAAUCAGCAGGGCCUCUUUUAAGGAUGUGUAACUGGAGGGGACAUAUUUAGCGGGGGAUCUGGAGAAGUUUCAGUCUUCAAGUCUGUAUCACUGCAGCUACCAGCAUAUAUAUGCAUGGUUUAACUAAUAAGUAUACGUCAUAGGGCAGCAGAUCAGGCCGUAGCUAGGAAUCUGAGACGACCGAGUCGAAGGGGUCCCCCAGAAAAUUUUGAAUUUUUUGAAGCUCAUAUAAGCUAUUUCCGGCAUUUUGAGGAGUUCUCCCCACAAGUAAUUAACCUUAUAAACAGUGACACAAUUACUGCAAUUUCACAGUCUCCCAAAUGUAAUCCAGUCCCAAUAAGGCAACAUGGUGUGAUGAUGAAAAUGUGCGUGCACUUCACAUUCUACAGUACCGUAUUAUAUGUAUUGGGGUCAGGGCAUUUUUUAAGAAUUCGUCAGUGGGGGGGGGCAUCUACAAAAAGGGACCAUACUAUACCGAGCGUGGAGAUAUGAUAGAUGGUUUGUUGGUAACAAAAAGUUAGGUGUGGUAAUCGCAUUUAAUAGUGGGGGGGUCUGGGGGUUUUGUAGUUUUCUACCCCUAUGACUGCAAUUCCCUGCAUUUUCUGAAACAGAUUUUUGGAUAUACAGCAUUAUAUUAUGCUGUAGAUAGACUGAACCUUCAGUUAACUACUUGCAUAGUAUGUUUAUGUAGAUACCACAACUUGGCCGUCACUCAGGGAGCCAGCUUGAUAAACUUAGAGGGCCCAACUCCCACGAAGCGCCACCAUGGUUGGCACAGAGCGGGAAAAUUUUGAAAAUUUUGCGUCUCUAAAUUGUCGGAAAUGGCAUUUUCAAACUCUUCUCUACCUCUUUUGUUAGGCCCUUUCAUUAAUUCGUUCAAUAUGAUUUGUGAGUUUAUGCUAUCCGCGAGUCAGGACGAAUUUAUCGCGAGUCAGGACGAAUUAUCAGGACGAGUUUUAUGGGGGGCCAAAAUUAUCCCCCCCCCCUUAUAAAACACUGGGUUGGGGGCCCAUUGCCCCCUGCGGUCACUAACUUGUUUAGCUGAGCCUUCCAACAACUCAAAUCUAUAGGGUCUGGGAAAUGCAACCCACUGGAAAAUGUCUAAAAUCUAAUAAGUUAUUUACAACACAAUGUUUAGCAUUAAAGAUAAAAGACAGGACAUAAGAUUCACAAAGCAAUUUUCAGUUACUAGAAUAUCAACCUCCCUUCUAAAUUCCAUGUUUUGCUUAUAUUUUAGAGAAAAGGGACUUUGACUGGGGGGGCCAAAAUGGUUGAGUAGGGGGACCGUGGGGGCUGGGGAGCUUUGCCCCCAGUUAUAUAGUUAAAAAUGCUAAAACUGUCUGUACCAGUGUGGGUAGUACCAAUGUAGAAAUGCUGUGCUGAGUGGUUAUAUUACUACCACUCAGCACAGCAUAGUUAAAAAUGCCCUGAUUGGGGUACUUUAAAUCGAUGCAUUCGUCUUCUCAGUGUCACUGUAGAGCAAGAUAGGGUGGUCUCUUUGGAGUAUCUUUGCUUGGAAAAACUAAACUAGAAUUUCGUCCUAAAAUUCCAUUUCAUGCCUUGUUCCACGAGCAAAUUAUUUCAGUCAUGAUUUAGGUUUUUGGCGAUAUUUAAAUUUUAGUCCCCAAAUUCUGGCCUACCGAGUCAACUGACUCGGUGGACUCAUAUAGCUACAAUCCUAGACAAAUAACAUGCGGACGCUGAUUAAAAAAGGCUGAAAUUUAAAGGAAUCGAAUAAUUAUACGCAUAUUCGGCCGUAUUUCCCGGUCACUGAAUAAUUAUACGCAUAUUCAGCCGUAUUCCCCGCUCCCCCGUUACAAUGUUGUUGCUACAGAUACUGCAAUAGUUGCCAUAAGAUACUGCAAUAGUUGCCAUAAUGACUGAAGUGUUCAUCAACAUUCAGGGGAGGGGGGACCGACUUGACGAAGUAUAUAUGAAAAUGUUUCAAAAAAUAAUUUAUUUGCCAUGUUUGUCCGAGUAAAUUUGUCUAUGAUUGUCCGAAAAUGUAUAUUACAAUAAAUCUUCGUUAAUUAUCUUUUUCUGCAUUGGAAAACAGUCGGAAAUUCUGCAAAUGCUAUAUUAUGACUGUAUUAGAGUAAUAUAGCAAAAUGAGCGGUAGAGAUUAAUGAAAGGAGCAUUCGCUUCCGGUUUGUCAUAUGCUCACUAGAUAGCGAUGCGUUUACCGUCGCGUUUGUCUAUCUCUUUGCGUGUUAACGCAUGAUAGAAAGAAGCGUAUGACAAUUAUUUUAUAUCUAGUUGCGUAAAAACUCUAUGCGAUUAUAGUAUCAUGAAAUAUAUUAAUUGUAAACCCUUGUAUUUAAAAUGCCCACGGUAAACAUUGAAAAGCGAUAGUUGCUGAAUAAUUAAGAAUCAUUGAGUAAUUAUAUUUAUAAUGGGAGUCCUCGGAUGUUUACCGUGAUAUUUUCCUGUUUUUUCCAAAGAUUUACCGUGUAUCAACAUAAAUGCAAUGUAGAUAAUUUGGCUAUAAGAAAGCAUGUGAAAUGGAAAUUUAUUGGGAAAUCUGUCAGUGACAGGUUAAAAUUUGUUGUGUGUGUUUACCGUCGGCCGCCGAGAAGUCCAAGAACCAAAAUAUUUCGUUUACCGCAAGUUAGCGCGUAACCUGCACUAACCAAUACGGCCACAGAUAUAACAAAGCAGGUCAUGAUAAAGAUUUAAUUCUUCAAUUUUGUGCUAAGAAUUUACACAUUUAGAGUAUUAUCAGAACAUGCUCACUAUAAGCAUUUAUACAGGCUAGUGUGUGUAAAAUAUUUUGACUACUCUAUAUCAGCCAUAUAACAGUGAAUAAUUAUAUUAUACUAUUAUAUUCGAUGUUAUUUUAGAGCUUUGAGUAGAAUUCUUUCAUCCCUUUCGUUUAAAGAUUUUGGACGACCUUAUGGCUUGCGGACACAUGUACUCACACGGUUAAUUUGCUUCCAACAUAUUGUGUGCAUGCGCCGUUGAUUUUGAUAUUCCACAUCGUACGGCUAUUCAGCAAUAACUCUGUCCUAUAUAUUCUCUAUGAAAAGGAGCUAAAGCUCUUGUCUCCGUUCAUACGUUUUCGCCACGUUGCGAUUUAUACGCACAUUACGUUAAUCAUAUGACGCCAACAAUCUAUCCAACUAACUGUAAUUAUAAAAUAUAUUUGCAUAUUUUAACAUUAAUUUUAAAUAUUUUGAAUAUCAUUUCUUAUUCAGGUGUAUAUAGAACUUCGGUACUUAUAAAAUGUGAAAAUGGGUUGCAAUUAUACAAUAAUUCAUGCUUUAUACAACCGACAGUUUUUCAGACAAUCCUAGACAAAUAACAUGCGGACGCUGAUUAAAAAAGGCUGAAAUUUAAAGGAAUCGAAUAAUUAUACGCAUAUUCGGCCGUAUUUCCCGGUCACUGAAUAAUUAUACGCAUAUUCAGCCGUAUUCCCCGCUCCCCCGUUACAAUGUUGUUGCUACAGAUACUGCAAUAGUUGCCAUAAGAUACUGCAAUAGUUGCCAUAAUGACUGAAGUGUUCAUCAACAACAAUGUUGUUGCUACGGAUACUGCAAUAGUUGCCAUAAGAUACUGCAAUAGUUGCCAUAAUGACUGAAGUGUUCAUCAACAUUGUUUCAGGGGAGGGGGGACCGACUUGACGAAGUAUAUAUGAAAAUGUUUCAAAAAAUAAUUUAUUUGCCAUGUUUGUCCGAGUAAAUUUGUCUAUGAUUGUAGUUACGGGCCUGCAGAUGAUGGUCAAAUUCAGAAAUGUUAACAACUUAACAUCAUUUUCUCACUUUGAUACAUAAUCGCUGGUUGACCACCUAUUGCAGGUAGUUCUUAGGGAGCUCACUGGGAUGGGGGGGGAUGGGGGGGGGGUGGAAUUGACGAUUUCCCUUAUUACGUUUUCGUAGCGCUUUGCAUUGUGGUUAUAGUGGUAUCACUGAUAUUUAAGAUGGCUUAUUUUUUGUCCUGACCCGUGCAAGAACUUUUAAAAAAGCUAGGAUCAGGUGCGCGAUAGCCAACAGCAAAAUAUUCGCGAAAACAUUCAAUAUUUUCAUUCGAGGCCGCUAUCUUUAUCAGUGGUACCACUAUAACCACAAUGCAAAGCGCUACGAAAACGUAAUAAGGGGAAUCAUCAAUUGCCGACUGGAGGGGCCAGUAAGAGGGCUAGGGGGGGGACAUGUCCCCCCAGUCUAUAUGUUAAAAGAGGCCCUGCGAAUCAGUCGAAAUCUCGAUUGUACAUAACUCGGCCAAAGAGACUGGACACACGUAAACACAAUACUUCAUGUUAAGAAGCCUCGCGUUCCUUCCCGAGGAUCGCAGGCUCGGGGAACGAGAUUGGUUAAGAAUAGUGUGCUGCUUUCGGCAGCAAUUACUAUCAAGAAUUAAAGGAAAGAAAUAGGAGUGCACCAUGACAAUCUUAAGAAUAUCAUUAUCUUUUGCAUGUCUCAUCUAUUAUUCUAUAAUGGUAGGCCUAAAUAAUAAUAAGGGGUCAUAUUUGGUGUAAAAUCUCUUAUACGACAGGCAUCUUGAAGUCCUUGUCAGAAAAUAAUGUCUUGUUAACAUCAUUUUAUUAAUUUUAUUUCAACCAAACCUUGCGUGCUAUUUAACAUGCACCUUUAUUAGACAUCUUUUUAUUUCCUAUUAUUUAGCGGACAGAGAGGUACAAAGAAUAUUACUAGAACUGCUUAACCAAAUGGAUGGCUUUGACCAGACCGUUAAUGUGAAGGUAAGUAUAAACUUACUAUGUCAUUGUGUACAAACGUGUUGUAAGCAGGAAAUAAUGGUGGAUCCUGGCAUCCAGGAUCCCAGAAAAUGUUUAUUCCUGGCGUAGCUGGCAGAGAAUUUUAGGGCAUUGCAUAAUGCUUACCACUGAUGCUAACGGGUACAGAAAAUAAUUUAUUGGGAAGAAUAUUAGUGAGCUCGACAGAAAACGUUGACCCCAAAACUUGGAAUCCCAGAAACAAAAAUAUUAUUUCCUGCUACUGUAUGUUUGUAAGACUGCACGGUAUGAAGCGAACAGGUCGAACAUGUUGGAUAUAGUAUUACAAUGUACUGAAAAUAUAGUUCCAUGUAAUAUUGAAUCGACUUUAAAAUACUAAUUUGCUCGAGAAGAAGUAUCUACCAAUGAAUCGGUGUUGAUCAAAUUGGAUGUAUGUUUGAUAUAAAUUUGUGCAAUUGCAUGGUAAAUAUAUAAAUAUUAGAGAUUCUUGUUUCAUUGGUAUUGUGGUACAAAAUCUGGCUACUUAAAUUAAUACUUUAAUUCCCCAGAAUACUUACAGUUUAAUACAAAACUAUACUUCCUAUUUGCAUUUUUAAUUCUCUAUAAUACUGACAAUUGCGAAAUCGAAGAAUCGUGUUUUCAAACAGGAAGUGUUUUUCUUCGCUCUCAGAGCUUAAUAUUGAUGUAAUUUUACACCCGCAAUUUUACAAGGCCAAGAGAGUCCACCACCAUGUCAAUCCCUGGGGCUGGUUGUUCAAAAACCAGGGUUUUUUUACUUAAUCUAUAUAUAAAUCAACGAAAAACUUUAAAGCAAUAUUCCCAACAGCUGGUUUAUACACAUGGAAAAUUUUUUUUCAGAAAUCUUGUCUGGAUCAAUACAAGUUUUAUUUUGAUUCUAAAGUUCUAAAAUAAACGGACAUGCGGAACUAUUAUACAAAAACCGAAACAGUAGCCAGCAAGUUAAAUUUUAACCCAUGCAUUCUUAACCGCAAGAAAAUGUACAACGUAAAUGAAGCCGCUUAAGGCCAGGAAAUCUGCUUAAGGCCAGGAUCUAUAAUUUCUCUUUUGAGGGAGUUUUCUUUUCCCUAUAGAAAAAAAUUCAUUCAAAUAACCUUUCAUGUAUUUUGGCUACCACUCAACAUUAUUUUUGGGGCCUUGGCCAUUUUUGGGCAUUGAUACAGUAAUCAUAAAUAUCAUCAUGAUAUUUGUGAUUUCGUACAGUAAUCACAUGACACAUGUAUAUCUGUAUUUUCAUACAGUAAUCACAAAUAUCAUCAUAUUUGUGAUUACUGUAUGAAAACACAGAAAAUGUUUAGCAUAUCUUAAAUGCGCAUGCAUGUUCACAUCUUUAUUUAGGUAAUAAUGGCCACAAAUAGACAUGAUACCCUCGACCCUGCUUUACUUCGACCUGGUAGGCUUGAUCGUAAGAUAGAAUUUCCAUUACCUGACAGACGACAGAAAAGGUUGAUUUUCUCCACUAUCACGGGUAAAAUGAACCUAUCAGAAGAAGUCGAUUUGGAAGAUU